AUGCUAGCCAGAGGUAUCCUGAGACCUGCACUAGCGCGGGCCGAGUUGGGCCGCGCGUUUUCAUGCUCGGCGCAGUGGCAGCAGGCGGCGGGCUCAACGUCCGGGCGCGAGCUGUCGUGGCCGGAUUUCUUCGCCCUGCGCAAGACAGAGCGGCGCAUCAACACCGGCAGCUCCGUGCUGACGGCGUUCCUCACGGCAAACUGCGCGUGGGCUUACAUCUCGACGGUACAGAUCGACGUGACGCAGAUGCUGUUCGGCUUCGACCCGAUGGUGGUGCUGGUGGGCGCGCUGUUUGCAUCCAGCGGGCUGGGCUACCUGUGCGGGCCGCUCAUGGGCAGCGCCUUCUUCCGCGUGAAGCACCGCGGGCAGCUGGAGGGCUACAACCACAAGAACCGCGUGUUCCUGGAGCACAUCAAAAAGAACCGUGUAGAUGCGUCGUCGCAGAGCUUCAGCAAUCCGCUUCCAGAUUACUACGGCGAGAAGAUCGGUUCGCUGCAGGAGUACCGCCAGUGGCUGCGCGACUGCCAGUCCCACCGCCGGAAGGCAAAGGAGUUUUUGUAG